AUGGAAAAGAAAAAAGCGUUCGACGCUCAAUUUGAUGACAAGAAGACGACUACUGCCAAGUCGCAAGCAAAUGGUGGUGAUGCGGAAGAAGAAGAUGAUCCAAUUACUUCUAUUGAAAAACUUAAAAAGAAACUUCGUGAAGAUGAUCCUCAAACCAUUUUGAACAAGACAGAAUUUGAAAACCUCUCUCGAGAACAACGUGAAGAGAUUGAGGGUAUGUCUCCAGGAACCUAUGUGAGAUUAGAAUUGGAAGGAUUUCCAUGUGAAUUUAUUGAAAAUGUCAAUUUUAAAAAUCCAAUUAUUGUUGGAGCCAUGCAUGCUGAAGAAUGUCGAAUGGGUCUAAUCAAGAUGAGACUCAAACGACACAGAUGGUAUCCUAAAACUCUCAAGAAUAGAGAUCCUCUAGUGUUUAGUAUUGGAUGGCGAAGAUUCCAGUCCAUUCCUACGUAUUGCAUGCAAGACGAUAAUGGCAGACAUCGACAAAUCAAAUAUACACCCGAGUACAUGCAUUGCAUUGCUGCCAUUUAUGGUCCUUUCAUUCCACAAAAUACAGGUGUUAUUGCAUUCCAAACACUGAGUGAGAAAGUGGAUACAUUUAGAGUGUCUGCCACAGGUUAUGUGAUGGAAAUGGAUCAAGACUUUUCCAUAGUUAAAAAGUUGAAAUUGGUUGGUUAUCCUAAAAUCAUUCACAAGAACACUUGUAUCAUUACAAAAAUGUUUAGUAGUGAGUUAGAAGUUGCCAAAUAUGAAGGUGCUGCUUUGAGAACAGUGAGUGGAUUGAGAGGUAGUGUGAAAAAGCCAUUCCGAGGUGAAAAAGCUUCACCUGGUGAUUUUAGAGCAACAUUUGAGGAUAAGCUUAUACGUGGAGAUAUUGUUUUUUUACGAUGUUGGUACGCGAUUGAAAUUGAACGCUUCUAUAACCCCGUAUUCAAUCAUCUCUCUAAGAAAUGGUAUGGAAUGAGAACUGUUUCUCAACUUCGUAAAUUGAAGCACCUUCCAGUACCUGUGAAAGACGACUCUCUUUACAAACCAAUUACUUCACGAUCUACUGCUGGACAUGAUGCUCACUUUAAUCCAAAACCAAAAUUACUCAAACAAUUACCAUUCACAGAGCAAAGAAAGAAGGUGGUUCAAGUCACGGGUUUAACCGAUGACUUGACUCAAUACAUUGCUGAGGAUGCACCAAUUCAUGAAUUAACCACUGCAUUGAUGAGUGAUAAAGAAGUAGAACGAGCAAAUAUGCUUCGUAAACUCAAAGCCAUCAACGCAGAGAGAGUGAAAAAGAAUCGAGUGCAAGAAAUGAAACUCAAGAUGAAACAAAUGAAAUAUCAAGUACAAGAAGAGAGAGCCAAGACCAGAGUCAGAAGAGAUAAUAUGAAAAGAAGGGCAGUGAUGAAAGAAAUUAGUAGAGUGAAGAAAGCCAAAUAUUAUGUCAAGGAAGGAGAAGAAGAAUAA